CUUGGCGAAACGUGAGGUAUGAGAUGUCACUUUCCACUAUUUUUUUUCAAACUACAAAAUGUUUUAAUUUUUAAUUUUUAAAAAAUAUAGAUAUUACAUUUUCAACUUUAUAUUAAAUGUUUAGAAUAAUAACUUUGCGAAAUAUAGCAAAAAUGCAUUGAAUAUUAAGCCUUUUCCAUCAAUAUUGUUCAUAUGUAAAAUAAGAGUAAGGUUAUUUUAUGUGUAACAAUUAAAUAUUAUUAUUUUGAAUGUUAUUAAUGUGAAUUUGAAUUAAUAUAUAUAUAUUUUUUUUAUAAUCGUGUAUUUUAAUAAACGAUAAUUUCAAUUAAUUAUUAAAAUAUGACUCGAUAUACAAGAGCUAAAGGUUCAAAAGCUUCAAAUGAAAGAAUACCCAAUGAAGCUACUCCAUGGCAUGUAAUGAAACAGCAAUUAAUUGAAAAUUUAUCUAAAAAGCAAGAAUUUUCUGAAAAAACAAAAUCUGUUAAAGAAUUAUUAGAAAAUAAGCAAAAUAAAUUUACAACUAAUGAUAUUGAAAGUGUUAAUAAUUCCUGGGCAGAAUUUCCAGACAACUCUGAAAGAGAAAAAGAUUUAAUGAUAAAUAAGAUCAAAAAAAACCAAAAGAUACAAUUAAAUAAAGCAAAAAUAGAAAAUGAUACAAAAAUUAAUAAACCGAAUAUAUUAUUUGAUAAAUUAAAUAAAAAAAGAAAAAAGAAUGUACAAGAUAUCUCAAAAAUUGAAAAAAAUAAAAAUGAUGUAACAAUCAAUACAAAUGAAUCACAAAAUGAGAAAGUUAUACCUUUUAAACGUCAAAAAUAUAAUAAAGAAAAAAGUUUGAAUGAAAAUUUAUUUAAUAUUGCAGAAAAUAAUAAUGAUAAUUUUGCAUUAAAGAAUACAAACAAUAACAAGAAUAUAAAUGUAAAAAUUAAUCAAACAAGGUUUAAUAAAAAUUCUAUCACUAAAUCACAAAAGUAUAAAGAUAUUCCAAAUAAAUUUGGUAUGAAAAAAUUUGAUAAUCAAAAAAAGAAAAAAAAACCACCAAAAAUUCGAGAUGAUAAAGAACACAAAAGAAGAAAACCAGAUUUAGGAUCUUCAAAAAUAAUCAUCAAUGGUAUAGAAAUAGAAAUUGUAAAAUUUAAUGGAUUUCCAAUAAAAAAAGAAGAUGCAGAUAGAUUAAAUGAUUUAAAACAGAAAAUGAUUAUGAAAGGCAUUCCACAAAAAGAAAUAGAUACAACAAUGAAAUUAGAAAGGAGAAAAGCUGAAAAAGCAUUAGCUAGAAUUAAGAAAUCUGUUUGUUUCCAUUGUCGUAAAGCUGGACAUAAUUUAUCUGAUUGCCCUGAGCUUGGAUCAGAACAAGCAGGAACAGGAAUCUGUUACAAAUGUGGAUCAACAGAACAUACACAUUUUGAAUGUAAAGUAACUAAGCCAACAGAAUAUAGAUAUGCAACUUGUUUUAUUUGCCGUGAACAAGGGCAUAUUGCUAAACAAUGUCCUGAUAAUCCUAAAGGAAUCUAUCCUCAGGGAGGAGCUUGUAAAAUUUGUGGGGAUGUUACACAUUUAAAAAAAGAUUGUCCAGAUUUAAUUAAAGAAAAGGAAGAAAAUAUAAUUACAGUAAAUACAAUCACAAAUGAUAAUGUAGAAUCUUUAGAAGAAAAAAAUAUUAUAGACAAAAAAGAUGAUAAAAAAACUAAAAAAAUAGUGAAAUUUUAAUAAAUUAUUUUAAUAUAGAUAAAUAUAUGUAUUUUUAUAUAAGAAUAAAUUUUUUAUGUGUAAUUCAAUGAAUUAUCAAUUUGCAAUGUAAACAUAAGAUUUAUUGAAAGUUAUAUAUGUUUGACAUGUAUAUACAUACAUUUUCUUCAUACAUACACUUUAAUGUUAAUUAAAUCACGUCAAAAAUCUGAUAUCAAAUAAGAUAUAAUUAUUAUUAUAAUUUAUUGCCUAUUUACAUUCUAUUCGAAUUCAUAACUGAAUUAAAACUUUUUACAUGUUAAUUGUAACUUUUUACAUAUUUAGUUAAUUUGAACAUAUUUAAAUAAUUUUUUCUAAAUUAAAAAUAAUAAAUUAUUUAAUAAUUUUUGUGAUAUCAGAUUUUUUCCUAUGUACAGAGACAAAUUAUAAAGAUAUAUUUAAAUAUACGAAUAUUAUCUGUACAUAGUACUUUCUUAUACAUACACAUUUUUGUAAAAUUUUUAAUAUUAGUUUAAUUAAUAUUUUUAUAUUUGAUUUGUUAUACAAAUGACAUAUAACAAGUAGAAAUGUAUGAAUAAUUUUUCUCUAUUGUGGUUUUUUGAGACAUCUAAGAGAUGACUCAAAAUUAUAUUUUAAUUCACACAAUAUUAACCUCAUUAAAUUAUAAGUCUGUACAAUUUUAUAUACUUAAAAUAAACAUUGUCAUUU